UUGUUGUGUAUUCAAUAUAUAAAAAUUUAUUGUCAAUGAAGAUCUUCCGCUACAUCACAAAUUUUGUUGCGAUUUUAUAGGUUUGCAUGAAUUUUACUAUUAACAACUCUGUCGUCAGUUUGAAGUUUUUGUUUUUAUUAUGCCAUAUGUUUAUUGUUAGUUGCUUCUUAAAGUUGAGAGAUAGUAAAUUUAAACGCAGUUAGGAAUUCGGUGUAAUUGGUGGCUGGAAAUAUGAUGGUCGAAUAAAUAAUUUACAUUAAAGUACAAAUGUAUCGGCAUUUGUACAACAAUAAAACAUAUACUCCAACAUAAACAGCGGUUUUAAUAUAAUUAAUAAACUGGAACAUCAUUCAUUAAAAUUUAAAAUUAUAAGCAUUUUUCAACGAAACGAAACAGAGCAUUCCUAUACAUUUACGUAUCGCCGCAUAGCGAAAAUCAACAGUGAAUAUUAAUUGGUGCCGAAACAGAAACCACAAUAAAAUUGCGUCAUUAAAACAAAACCGAAUAAAACAAAGCAAAAAGCGGGAAAAGAAUUUUGGAGAAUUGAAAAAUUGAAAAAUUGAAAAAAUCAAACAUUUGUAGGAAAGUUUAAUAUCAGUAAAUUAUUGACGUAGCUGCAGUUUUCUGCUGCUUUCAACUAAUUGGAAAAAUGUCGACCGCUUUUCUCACCGCAAUUGCCGUAAUAUUUUGCAUCUUAUUUCGAAUUUUAAAUGUAAACAGUCAACCAUUGCGCCCAAGUGUUUGGUGUUUGGAUCCACAAUUCUUGGACUGCAUCUUUAAGAUAGCUCCAGUAUUGCGUGAACCUUAUGUACCCACACGCCUCUGGGGAUUCAGUGGCCAUGUACAAACUGUUUUGCACAGCAUUGUUGGACGCGUUAAGUGCCCUUGGCCAUUAGGCGACCGGAUAUAUUUAUCACUAUUUGAUGGUUCCACACUAACGUAUGACCUAUAUCAGCCAUUGGUAGAGGGUGAAGACGAUGUUACAGUAGCUAUUUGUCCUGGUAUUGGUAAUUCAUCUGAGAGUGUGUAUAUUCGGACAUUUGUUCAUUAUGCGCAAUGUCAUGGCUAUCGUUGCGCUGUACUCAAUCAUAUAGGAGCUCUGCCUAGUGUACAAGUAACAUCUUCUCGAAUAUUUACUUAUGGUCAUACUGAAGAUUUCGCUGAAAUGGUUACUAAUCUUCACAAAAAGUAUCCAUUGAGCAAUAUUGUUGCGGUUGGCUUUAGUUUAGGUGGGAAUUUAGUUACUAAAUACAUGGGCGAAACUCAGAAACUGAAACCGAAUAGUAUAAUUGGUGCCAUUUCAGUGUGCCAGGGCUAUAAUGCUGUUGAAGGAAGCAAAUGGCUUUUAAAUUACCAAAAUUUUCGUCGAUUUUAUUUGUACGUGAUGACUGAAAAUGUUAAAAGCAUUAUACUAAAACAUCGUCAUAUUCUGCUAUCCGAAGAGGUUCGAGCCCGUCACAAUUUAAACGAACGUGAAAUAAGUGCUGCUGCUACAUUGCCAGAGUUAGAUGAAGCCUACACAAGACGUGUUCAUAACUUUCCGUCCACUCAAGAGCUAUAUAAAUGGAGUUCAUCUCUACAUUAUCUUCAUAAUAUUGAAAAGCCAAUGAUUUUUAUUAAUGCCAAAGAUGAUCCAUUGGUACCAGAGAACUUACUUACGCCUAUUAAAGAGUUUGCAUUGUCACGUUUGCGUAUUGCUUAUGUGGAACUUGCCCAUGGCGGUCAUCUUGGUUUCUACGAAGGUGGACUAGUUUAUCCAAACCCAUUAACAUGGCUGGACCGCACACUUGUAGCAAUGAUUGGAUCCAUUUUGGUUUUACACACUGACCCUACUGGUCCAAAAGAUAUUAUAUAAAUCUUUAUGAUAAAUUUUCUGAAAAAUAUGAACAUUUCAACUCAAUAAUUUAUGAAACAUAUACUUCUUCAGGAAUAUAUAUAUAUUUUAUACAUUCAUACAACAAUUUUUUUUUUCAAACGCAAAGAAACUAUUGUUACAGAUUAAUUUUAUUUUUAAGUAAUAUACAGUUAUGUCUUUUAGAAAGCAAAGAACCC